GAUGCCAUCUUGGCCAUGGUGCUUGUACAAGUGGGAUUUGCAGGAUUGAGCUUGGUAUCAAAGCUGGCCAUGGACGAUGGAAUGAACCCUAUCGUGCUCGUCACCUAUCGCCAGAUCAUUGCUACCAUUGCCAUCGUCCCUUUCGCUCUUUUCCUGGAAAGGAAGACAAGGCCGAAGAUUACAGUGCGAAUCCUGUUCCAUAUUUUCUUAGUUUCCCUUCUUGGGGCUUCCAUGAACCAAGUUUUGUUUUUUAUGGGCCUGAACAAUGCGAAUCCCAUGAUCGCAGGAGCAAUGACCAAUACCCUCCCUGCCGUGACGUUUGUGCUCGCCCUGAUCUUCAAACAAGAAUUGUUCGAAAUGAAGACAAAAGCGGGGCGAGCGAAAAUGACCGGAACGCUACUAUGCGUGGGUGGAGCAAUGCUGCUCUCGUUUUACCAUGGUCACACCAUUGCAGAAAGUAACUCUGGUAUUCAUUGGAGCUAUGCAGAUAAAAUGACAGAUAAACGCUCGACCCACAAAAGCCACUCCAUAUUGGGACCUUGCCUUCUCUUUGGUAGCACUUCUAGCUGGGCUCUUUGGCUCAUCAUUCAGGUGAAAUUGAGCCGUAAAUUUCCAGCUCCUUACACAACCACAAUGCUAGCGUGUCUCAUGGCUAGCAUCGAAUGUUCGAUCGUCGGUGCUGUUACUGAAUGCAAUUUUGCUGCCUGGUCCUUGAGAUCCACGAUCCGGCUCAUUGCAGUUUUCUAUGCAGGUAUUGUGUGUUCUGGGCUCGCGUUCUGCAUCAUGUCCUGGUGUGUCCACAUAAAAGGCCCGCUCCAUACCUCUGUCUUCAGCCCUUUGUUGCUUGUCAUGUCGACCCUCCUGAGCUGGGCACUCCACGACAAACUAUACGUUGGAACGUCGUUAGGGGUUGUGUUCAUCAUUGCCGGGCUCUACUUCGUUCUGUGGGGCAAGGGCAAGGAAGCAGAGAAAGCGAGAAUCACUGCCGACAUGGAAGAAGCAGGCAAGUACCACGAGAAAGAAGACUCGGAGUUGCAGCCUCAUCCUCACGCAAACAACGAAAGCCGGCAGGAUCCGAACCGAUGUUCCUGA